AUGGUGCUCAGUGGCGCUCAGGUCCCUCAUGGGGCCCAGGUCCCUCAUGGCGCCCAGGACCCUCAUGGCGCCCAGGUCCCUCAUGGCGCCCAGGGCCCUCAUGGUGCUCAGGUCCCUCAUGGCGCCCAGGGCCCUCAUGGCGCCCAGGACCCUCAUGGCGCCCAGGUCCCUCAUGGCGCCCAGGACCCUCAUGGCGCCCAGGUCCCUCAUGGCGCCCAGGUCCCUCAUGGUGCUCAGGUCCCUCAUGGCGCCCAGGGCCCUCAUGGCGCCCAGGACCCUCAUGGCGCCCAGGUCCCUCAUGGCGCCCAGGGCCCUCAUGGCGCCCAGGACCCUCAUGGUGCUCAGGUCCCUCAUGGUGCUCAGGUCCCUCAUGGGGCCCCCAGGUCCCUCAUGGCGCCCAGGACCCUCAUGGCGCCCAGGACCCUCAUGGCGCCCAGGACCCUCAUGGUGCUCCCUCAUGGCGGUCCCUCAUGGCGCCCAGGGCCCUCAUGGGCGGCCCCUCAUGGUCAUGGUGCCAGGUCCCUCAUGGCGGUCCCUCAUGGCGCCCAGGGCCCUCAUGGCGCCCAGGUCCCUCAUGGCGCCCAGGUCCCUCAUGGCAGCCAGGAUCCACAGGACCCCAGCGCGAGUGCUCAAGAGACUUACGAAGUGCUUCCCUCCCCUCAAGCUCUGCGUUUUGGACCAAGUUGGCAGCGGCCCCAAAAGCAGCAUAUGUUGGCGGAAGCUCCAGUUCCACAAGACGCUUUACUUCGCCUGGACACCCGCCAUGACGAGGCUUCCCCUCAUCGACGCGAACCUCCAUUUCGUCAAUACGAUUCACCUCUUCACGAGAACAUCGCCCCACUUGAACUACAUGACGACCUCCCGCCACGACCCGUCGACGCGCAUCAACAUGGCGGCUCCACCGCCUCCCACGACAGCCUUCAGCGUAUGCACCUUCCCGCACACAAGUCGAACUGGGAGGUGUUCCCCCGACUGUACCAGAACAUACCGGGGGUGAGCGGGGCGCAGGGGACUCGCAGGAGGGACGCAGGCAGCAAAAGGAGAACCAUUCAGACCAUGACAGCUAAGGAGUCUUGGACCUUGUUUGGCAUUCCGUACACAGCCCUGUCAAGGAGACGGCGGCCAGGCCGAGGGCGACCUUCUUCACAGAACAUUCAGGGUCGUGGCCGACCCAAGGGUCGGAAAGUUCCUCAUAAGUUACCCAGUGGGAGGCAGAACCGACAGCGUCCACAACCUGCAGCUCCUCUGCCUGUUCGUCGCCCACAGCCGUCGCUACGAGCACAGUCGCCACCACACCCACAGUCGCCGCCUCACCCACAGUCGCCGCCUCACCCACAGUCGCCGCCACACCCACAGUUCCCGCCACACCAACAGUCGCCGCCCACGCCCACCGCCCGCACGCCCACCACAACGACUCCGGACCCCUUGAGCGUAUACAACAUGGCCGGGCCGCCGUACCACGACACUAUACCUCCUAGUAUCCUUGGCCGAGAGAAGACGUUCGUCGCGCCCUUCCCCUCAACCAAGACCCCUCAGACAUGGCAACCUGUCUCCACCCCCAGAUCGAAGUGGUCGUAUCAUCCCUCGACCACAAACCCGAAGCAGGAGACCACUACCGAAGAGAACCCUACCCACACCACUGACCAAGCGGGCUCCCAUAAGGACACCACGGCCGUCAAUGACGCCCCAUGGAAUAACCCCGGUGAUUAUAACUGGUACAAGAACUGGAACCGCAACUGGAAUCGGGACUGGAACAGUGACUGGAGCGACAGGUGGUCUCCGGGUAUCUCCAGAAGGCAGGACACAGUUGGCGCCCCGUCCUCACCGACCGUCACCUACUUGCCGGGCAGACAGGAUGAGCACCCCGCCGGUGACAGCGACUAUUACGACGAGGACGAGUACGAUAACGUUGACAAAAAUGCAGAUUACGACAUGCCUGAGACGGGAGGGAAGAGUGACAGCCAUACCACACCCAAUUUGUCAAAUCACAGACUUUCAGAAGACCCGUCAACCACCCACAGACAUUCGGAAGACCCGUCAUCCACUCACAGACAUUCGGAAGACCCGUCAUCCACUCACAGACAUUCGGAAGACCCGUCAUCCACUCACAGACAUUCGGAAGACCCGUCAUCCACUCACAGACAUUCGGAAGACCCGUCAUCCACUCACAGACAUUCGGAAGACCCGUCAUCCACUCACAGACAUUCGGAAGACCCGUCAUCCACUCACAGACAUUCGGAAGACCCGCCAACCACCUACAGAUAUCCUGAGAUACCCCUGACGAAGAGGAAGUAUCCACAGACACCCCAAUCAAUAAGCAGACAUCCUGGAACUCCCCAGACUAAAGAUAGUCUCCCACAAACGUUUGAGACGGGGGACGCGUCCUUACAAAUGCCUGGAGAAACACAGAUGAAAAACACACACGCUAAUACAACGCUUCCAGUCCUAGGCGGAUAUCUUGAUAUUGAACCAACAGGUAUAUCAACUGGAAGAUCUGUAACGAAGAGCAGAUAUCCAAAAGAAUCACAAAUAAAGGCCAGAUAUCCAGGAGAAUCACACAUAAAGAGCAGAUAUCCAGGAGAAUCACAAAUAAAGGCCAGAUAUCCAGAAGAAUCACAAAUAAAUUGCAGAUAUCCAGAAGAAUCAUUAGUAAAGAGUGGCUACCCUGAACAACCAACAAAGAGCAGAUACCCUGAAUCAUUCAUAAUCACCAGAUACCCUGAAGAACCCCUAAUAAAGACCAAAUAUCUUAAAGAAUCAAUGAUACAUAACAGAUAUCCAGCACCACCACCACCACUAGUAAACAAACGAUACCUAGACAGCCAACCUAUGGACGAAGACCAGGAACGCCAUCCAAGAAGGCCGUCCAGUCCACCAAGAAGGUCGUCUAAUCCCUCGAGAAUAUCGUCAAGUCCACCAAGAAGAUCGUCUAGUUCCUCAAGAAGACCAUCGAGUUCAACAAUAAGUUCGACCUGGAUUCAGAGAGUUCCAGCGGGAGGGCGAAGGUGGAGCACAGAUACUUCGAGAGCUCUGCCGGUAUCGACGAGGACGACCCAAAGAAGGCACUCCGAGCUUCACCCAGAAGUAGGGAAGGUGAUAUUGCCCGAGGAGUACCCCAUGAGGAGGAGAAUAGGGUUGCCCCUCGACAGUGAAAAGGACGAGAUGUUUUCUCUGCCAUAUCGCGAGUCUCAUCCCCAGAAACGCCUUCGUCAGGCAGCUCCUGCCAGCCCCGGUCGUGUCUGGCAACCAGUCAGAGCAGUUGAACGAACGAGAUGAAGAGAAAUAGACGACAGGCCAAGGAAAAGGUCCAAAGGAAGUGGAAAUGGAAUAUGGCUCGGGGGAAAAUUAGUUUAGCUGGUGAUUGUAAUAGCACUGUUUUAAGUGUGCCCAUUGGUGGGAAAUUAAAGGAUUAUACGAUA